GUGAUAUUAUUAUUAUUAUUAUUAUUAUUAGUAAUAGUAGAGAACCAAGCUCAAAACUCAGAGAUUACAAAAGAAAAAUGUCAGUGUGACACGCCAAAGGAAAAGAGUGUAGACUGUGUUGGGGUGUAUAAUUAAUUACUAUGAGGAGGACUUGUGCUAAUAAAGCAUUAUUAUUAGGACUUUCUUGGCUUUGAGGGGGGUCAGUAUUUUCAGUACUCAGUAUAUAGAUUUAAAAGUUUUUGCAGAAAAAGUUAAUUAUGUAUUGACCGUUACAUCCCACGCGUCCAAUCCCUAUUUCUUUUGUUCUCAGCUUUGGUCAGACUAAAAUUUACUCCUCUUCUUUAAUUACUGUCCUAUCUUUGGAACUAGGCCAUAUCAUAUAUUCACAUUCAUAUACAUGUACUUCCCUUUCGUUAUUAUUAUUACACUUUAUUAAUAUUUCAUUUUUAGUCUUUUGGGUUUGUUUGGUUUUUCUCUUAAUGUAAUCUCCGGCCACCGGAAAAAAAACCAUGUCGCCGGUGGAUACCAACAAGGGCUGGAAUGGUGUGCAGGAUAUGAACUAUCCCGCGCCACUUGCUUCCCAUGAGGAUGUUGCUAACGACCCUAUUGUGUUUUGGGAUACUCUAAGGCGUUUUCAUUUUCUGAUGAAUACCAAGUUUAUGAUUCCUGUGAUUGGAGGGAAAGAGCUGGAUUUGCAUAUAUUAUACGUUGAGGUAACAAGAAGAGGUGGUUUUGAGAAGGUUGUAGCAGAGAAGAAAUGGAGGGAAGUGGGUACUAUAUUCAUGUUCUCUCCAACAACAACAAGUGCUUCUUUUGUGUUAAGAAAACACUACAUAAGUCUUCUUUAUCACUAUGAACAAGUUCACUUCUUUAACAUGCAAGGUUCUCUGUGCAGCCCUUCAGUUACAUUUCCCGUCUGCACCCGCCCCUGCAAAUCAGAAUUGGCUAUAGUGCAAUACUCUCCCAAACCCAUGAACGAUUUUCCCUUAAACCAGGAUAUAGAAGGUAUAGGAACUAUUGAUGGAAAAUUUGACUGUGGUUAUUUGGUGACUGUGAAGCUGGGGUCGGAGGUACUGACUGGAGUACUGUAUCAUCCAGAAGAAGAAGGCUCUGCUAGCCCAGUUGCUGAUCCAAACAAUGCCAUAGUACCUUACACCGGGAAACCUCGCCAUUCUCGUCGUAGAAGGAAGAGUAAAAGAAGAGGAGACCCCAAUUAUCCAAAACCCAAUAGGAGUGGAUACAACUUCUUCUUCGCUGAAAAGCAUUACAAGCUCAAAUCCCUCUACCCAAACAGAGAGCGUGAGUUCACUAAGAUGAUUGGGGAGUCUUGGACCAAUCUCAGCCCAGAAGAGAGGACGGUUUAUCAGAAUAUUGGGUUGAAAGACAAAGAAAGAUACAGGAGGGAGUUGAAAGAAUAUAAAGAGAGCAUGAAACUGAGGCAGCAGACAAUGGAAGAGAAUAUUUGAUGUGUAGUGUAGGUCUUGAACUGUAUAAAAGAGAAUUCAUAUAAAGAAUAUAUGGACUACUCUGUUUUGAGAUGUACACUUUUGGUAGUAGAGGUUCUAACUUGGUAAAAUCAAAGCUCAAUUCCAAAGGGCACUUACUUAACCAAAUCCUUUUUGGGGUUUCGAAGUUUUCAUUAUGCAGUUUAGUCAAUGGAAGGUCCCUAGUAGAUGAGAUGGAUCCUUUGAAUUUGGUGGUUGUGUUUAGUUGGAGGAGAUGAAUAUGGUCUAUAUAAAAAAGAUAAAGACAACUUUAUUACUCUUUUUUCACCUGUAAAUAACAUCAUUACAUCUUUUUUU